AUGUGGCGUGCCUUCCUGGCCGCUCUCUUUUUGGCACAAUUCACGAGUGCACAGGAUCGAUUGGAUCCGUCUGAAGAAGUGAUUUUCGUUGACACAAAUUUGUUGCAAAGGAUAUUGUUAAAAGAUGGAUCAGUUCAAAUUGUCGACCCUAUAGAUCGUAAAAUGGCGAAGCGAUGUCGAUGGAAGCUUUGUGGUGCAGCUGUUCUUCUGCAAACAGUCACUUCACUGAAUAUCUUGCUCUUUUUGAUUGGAACGAAUCAAUUUGAAAGGGGAACUUUCGAGUAUCUCGCACAACAACUCGCUCUUCGACAUCAUGAUGUGAUCACAGUGAAGCCAAUUCUUAUCCCUGAAGAACCUCGACUUGUCAAACCAAAAUUGCAUCUCGUUCGGGAGAAAACACUGAAAAACUUGCUACCAAAAAAACAAUAUGAACCACUGGAAAAGAUUGGAAACGAAGUUCCUUGGAGCUCAACAUACGAAAUCGAGAGCUACGAUUAUCCGUAUUGGGAAGCUCACAACGCUUCUUGUUACAAGAUGCUGAACUCAAACUUGAUGGAUCAACUGAAAAAGGAUGAGCUUGAUUUGAUCAUCACUUAUUCUGGAAAUCCCUGUCAAUUGGCUAUUGCUCAUGUGCUCGGAAAGCCGGUCAUUUACUUCGAUCAAGAAGGGUUGACGGAUGAGACAUUGGUGGCUGCUGGAGUCCCCCCAAGCCUUGACUUUCCCAGCUCUCAUUGCUCACUUCCGCAAACCUCUUUCCAAUCAAUUAACCGAUUCAUCAAUGGCCUCUGUUAUUUACGCGAAUAUUUGGCUCAAUCGAGAGUCCCAUUUUUGGCUUCUCUUGUCUCAAGAAGGUACAAAAAUCUUGACUUGCAAAUCACGAAGAUGUUUGCAGAGGAUUACGAGUUGAAAAAGAGAUUCAAAUCAUUCCCCGAUGUGAAUGAGGCCAAAUCUCGUUCUUCAUUAUUCUUUGUGAACACGGAUCGUUUGAUUGAAUAUGAUCGGCCACUUCCAUCACAUGUCAUCCCAAUUGGAGGAAUGCAUAUCGAUCAUGUUAAACCAUUGUUUGCGCCAUGGAACACGUCAAUCGAAUUAGCGGAAAAGGGGAUGAUUGUGGUCACAAUGGGCACUCAAGCAAACUCAGCUCACAUGCCACAAUACAUGGUAAAAGCCUUGUAUGGAGCACUCUCCAAGUUGACCAAGUAUCGAAUCUAUUGGAGAGUUGGGCCAACGAUCAAAUUGGAUGGAAUCAAUGUGGAGAAACCACCAGCUCACAUCAAUUUCACUGCCUACAUUCCACAAAAUGAUUUGCUUGCUCACUCGAGUUGCAAGCUUUUGAUCACAAACGGUGGAAUGUUGUCUAUUAUGGAAGCUGUAGCCCAUGGAGUGCCGAUGGUUGGAGUCCCGCUCUACGGCGUCAAUAGGAACAAUUUGCAGAAAGUUGUGAAUAAGGGACUUGGAUUGAUGGUGGAAAAGUCGGAGAUCAGUGAAUCGGCUCUCUCCCAAGCAAUCAACAAUGUCCUUCAAGCACCCAAAUUCAAAAACAAAGCCAAGGAGAUGUCAAAAGAGUUCAAGUCGAGAAAAAGCUCUCCUUUCCAAGAAGCAUUGCACUGGAUUGAGUUCAUUGCCAACAAUCAGGGAAACCCAUUGAGAUCACCCCCAGUUCAUCCAAUGAUUCAACUCAUGAAAUUCUUGUGUUUGGAUGUGAUCGGAUUGCUUCUUUUAGUUUUGUAUCUGCCAUUCGCUUUUACGAUGUGGCUUUUGAAGCGCUCAUUCUCGCGCCAACCCUCAUCAGCUUUGACUAAAACCCAACAAAAGACAGAAACCCCAAAACGAGACUCAAACAACAAUGGAGAUCAGAAGAAAACGGAAAAGACAAAAUCUCAG